GCGUGCACGCUAAAAGAAGCGUAAAAAAGUUAUUUUAAAGAUUUUUAUUUAAUAAUAUACUCAGUGAUUUUAAGUGCCGUAAUUUCCUGUGUCCGUAGUGUACGGAAUUAGACGAAAAGUAUUUCGGGGUCGUCAAGAUGGCAUCAAAUAUACCUGUAGUUCUGGAGGGAUCCACAUUAGGUCAAAGACAUCAACAUUUCAAUGGUAUUGUCAACAAAGCAUUCCAGCAAAAACUAGACCUGCAAUCAGUGCUUACAGCUGAAGAAAAACUGCCCAUCGAUAGAUUGUAUAAGAUAGAUUUAGCUUCUAAAUGUAGAAAUGUCGAGUAUAUACUAAAUAACCUAAAGGACGACGACAUGUUAUACGUCAGUCGUGCGCUGAAGGCCCUUUGGCUGCUGGAGCCACAGUAUCGUGACUUGAUUAACCCUCGGUAUUUGGAGAACGUGGUAUUCCCACACAUGAUCCAACCUGCCGUUAACAAAAUGAGGCACUGGUUACAGAAAAAUCUUAAGGACCACGCAAGAUGCCAAGAAUUUUAUGAAUAUUAUAAAGAUCGCCAUGGAAUUGCCAUUAAAUUUUUUUGGCACUGUUCUCCUGAUUACAUGAUGACCGAAAUUAAUAAUAUCGUCGAUAAAUUGAAUCCUCAAGACUUAAAAAUAAUAUGUGAGAGUUGUCCCCAGGCUGCCCAAGUAUAUUUCGAAAGUCUUCAAACUAAUAAGGAGGCUCUAUCGCGGUAUUUUGAAAACGAAGAAACUUAUUUUAAAAGCAUACAGAGUGUUCUAAAAGCGAAACCUACGGCGUAUUUGGACAUUAUUGAAAAAUAUUACAGUUUGUCAAAUUUUGGACAGCUCAGCCCAGAAGCUACUUGUUUCAUAAUGAAAAAUCAUAAAGAUAGAUUUAAUGCUAAGCUGGAGCUAUAUGCUGGGUAUUUUCUUAACGUUAAAAGUGUAGCGAGCUUCUUAAGCAGUGAAGAGGCAAAAGAUGUGGUCCUAAGACUAGCUAGAGCUGAAGAAAUUGUUUUAUUUAAUGUAUUCAAAAAAGUAGAACGAAUAAUAAAAAGGAUUAAUGUAAAAGAACGGGCCGCUUUCAAAAAACUGGUUUUUGUUGAAAAAUGCUAUGGUGAUAAGCUUAAAGAGUUCCCUUACCCUAUGCCUAGUAUGAAGAAUGUUGAGGAAACUAAUAUUAGAAGUAAUUUCGAAGACAAAAAGCAUGAUCCCAGAGAAUAUGAAGAACUUGAUGAUAUUAUGUUUCCUUUAUGUGGAAUGGCGUGUAAUUUUAAAUGUGGAAUGUCAUAUGGUGCUUAUGCAGACGAAAACAUGGGUUGCUAUAUCCAUAAAACCCCCUUGGAGUUAUUAUUCGAUAAAUACCGAUUUAAAGGAUUCAGUGAAACAUAUCAGGAGCUGAGCAAUAAAAUACUCGUUGAAAAUUCAGUAGAAGGAAGAAUGAAUAUAUUUCUGGUACUCGUGAGCAAAUGUGGAGGAGUACCGGAGCAGGUAGCCAAGCUUCUGAAUUUGUUGGUGGCAAAGCAUAUGAAUGAGCCCAGCAACUUGCGAGCAGCAGUUGUGAGGUCCCUGGUGAAGCGCGCCUGUGUGUGGAGACUGUCCGUCGACACCUGGGAUAUGAUGAUGAAAUUUGGACAAAACUUAGGACUAGACGGCAAUACCGAUGAGCCAGAAUGUGUGGAAGGGUUACAUGCUGUUGUUAUAAGGCAUUUUAUUAAAAACGAAGAGGUAACAGAAAACAUUAAGGAAACUUUCUUAAAGAAUAUAUCGACCUUUAAGGAAUAUAAAUUAAAAAGUGACGAAAAACUUCUCAUAGGGCCAAAGCUUGCAAAAAUUCUUUUAGAUUGUCAGCCUUAUAAUUUCCUCGAUGUCUUAGCUGAUUAUAAACUUAAUAUUAAAGAUAUCACUAACGCUGAGCUUACUUUGGUUGAAAAAGCGCGCACUGAUAAAGAAUUAUUGAGCAAAUUGUACGAGAAUAAUAUAGGUAGACGUCACCUUUUGAAAGAAUCUUUUGUUCUUUUUAAUAAUGAAGAGUCGUUUUUAAAUGCUUUAAAGCAUAACACAUCUGUUCUUGAAAAUGGGGAUAGUUUUGUAGCACUAAUGAAGACAAAGCGCCCAAAUCAUGAUCGUUUUUUGACGUCCCUAUCUUUGUAUUUCAAUGAACCUAACGGCUUAGCUGAACAACAUAAAUCCAAAUUAAUUGGAGCAAUAAAAGAAAACCCUCUACCUCAGUUUGCUCGUUCAAUUAACAUUCUUUCAAUCAACAUUUUGCUAUCGAAACUUCUUCAAGAAGUAUGCGUGAUCGAGGAGACGAAAAAAAAAAAAGAAUUGAUUGCAGCAUUUAAAUCUACUACUCAUAAAAGUAGGCCAGUUUUGCGCAUCCUAGGUAACGACUCAAAGGAGUUGGAAUGGUUGGGAGCUAAAGCUGUGGCGAAUAAAGUUCUAAUUUGUAGAGAGAAAGAUCGAGAGUUCUAUACAAAAUUUCUUUUGCAAUGGAGAGGUACAGCGAGACUUGCUAUUCGCUUAGCAGUUAACUCUCAAUUCUCCACAGAAACCUUUAUAGCAGCAAGCAAAUUGCGACCUAUAGUUGCAUUAAAAAUGGCGAAUAAAACUUAUCUCAGAAAUAAAACGAUUGAUCCACAAGUUUGGGAAGUGACUAAGCAAUUGAUUAAAAGUCUAAUCACAGAAAAAGCAAGUGAAUAUCUUCGCAAUCAGCUUCUAAAUAAUGACGAUGUCCCGGAAAAUAUAAAAUCUCAAUACUGGGAAAUUUUAUUCAAGAUAUUUACAAAGAUUGACAAGAAGAAACCCCUACCAAUAUUAUGUCGGAUCGAAAACUGUCAAACUACAGCUAAUCAAGAUUUCAUCAAAAGCGUUAUGGAGACUUUCAUUAACGAAGAACUCGUCUUGAGUAAAUUCACAGACGAUGACAUUGCUAAAAAAAACAGAUGCUUAUAUGUCAGGGUGCUAGCAAAAUAUUUAGUAACGUCUGUUUCUAAAGAAGAGCAAAAAGAAAAACUUGAAAACAUAUGUUAUCAUUUCUUUGAAAAAAUUCGUGUAAUCAAAGAGACAUUAAAAGAGAAAUACCAAUUUUUGAACUUAUACGAAAUGCUACGCGAGUUUGUUCGUGCUUUGAAAUACAAUAAAGCAUUUUUAGGAAAUUACUCACCAAGCUAUACCGUUUUCGAAAUAAUUUUAGUCAACAUGAAGAAAAUAUUUCCAGAAGAAAAACAUUUCGUUCUAUACUUGGAGACCUAUUCGAUUAUGCUUUACUAUCGAUCCUUGCAACAAUCGAUUAAUAAGAAGCCAGAAAUAUUCAAAAACUUAGAAGCAAAUUUAGCAGAAGCAACUGAGACUGUUGGCUUACAAAUGGGACAAAAUAUCGGUUUGGAAAUCAGGGAAAUUACUUCUAAGUACUUCUUUUCUAUAAUCGAUAUCUACAAGAAGGUCUUAGUUCAAUAUUUAGAUGAUUUUAACUACAAUUACGCAGAUAAUGGCAUAAUAUUGCCAGUAAUUAAAGGAUUGAUUGAAAUUGGGCAGACCCAAUCACUUUUGUUGGCGGUAUACAUAGCGAAAAAGAGAUAUUAUAACAUACCUCAAUCAACUCGCGAAAGCCUAGUGAAGGAUUUGAAGGCAUUUAAUGAUGAAACUGUGAACUUCUUUCUUUAUGCCAAUAAUUAAGAAUUUACUUGCUAAUCUAAGUGUGCAUUUUAGUAGUAGCGCAAAAUGUAAACACUCAAAUAUAUUUUGCAGCUAAUUUUAAAAUGUAAACUAGCAUUUACUUACUCGACAUGCCCAAGUUUUAACUAAUUGCUUAUU